AUGGAGUCAACCAAUUCAGUUAAUCAUUAUUGUGUAUGUUUGGCUUGCGAAGAAGGAACACCAUCUAAUUUAUGGGAUAUAAAUUGUGCCAAAUUUCAAAAUCGAAAAGAACGAGUAAAAAAUCAUCUUAAAGAAUGUUUAUUUUUUAAUAAAAAAUAUGGACAAGAAAAAGUUGAAGAAAUAUUGGAUGUCCGUAAUGAUCCAAAAUUUAAUAAAAAAUCCGUUUUAUCAGUUAGUGAUACAGCUUCAUUUUUAUCUGAUUUUUCUACUACACAAUCAGAAAUUUCAACUUCUGAUCAAAAUUCUAACGAAACAACAUUAUGUAACUGGAUUCUUCAACAAUCAUUAUCAAAAUCUGAACAAGAACAUUUUGAACAACUUAUAUUAAAUAUGACUGUAGCAAAUGGUUGGGCAUUUAGAUGGGUUGAAAAUAUAGAAUCUAUUAAAAUAUUUAAAUAUCUUCAACCUUCUAUCAAAUUACCAGGACAUAAAGUACUUAGUAGUCGUAUUCUUGAUUUAAAUUCUAAAAUUAUAAUGAAUGAUAUAAUUAAGUGUGCUAAAUCAGCUUAUCAAGAAGUAACACUUACUUUCGAUGGAUAG